UGCUCCAGGCCCCGCCCCGCCCCAGGCAGAGGGCGCGGCACCCACUCCGCGCCGCGCAGCUUCGGUCCGAACCUGCAUCAGCCGCGCGAAGGUGAUCCAGCGCCAGGAUGGCCGUCCUCUCUAAGGAAUACGGCUUCGUGCUUCUAACCGGUGCUGCCAGCUUUGUAAUGGUGGGUCACCUAGCCAUCAAUGUCGCCAAGGCCCGCAAGAAGUACAAGGUGGAGUAUCCUACCAUGUACAGCACAGACCCUGAAAAUGGACACAUCUUCAACUGCAUCCAGAGAGCUCACCAGAACACGUUGGAAGUGUAUCCGCCCUUCUUAUUUUUUCUAGCUGUUGGAGGGGUUUACCACCCGCGUAUAGUUUCUGGCUUGGGCUUGGCCUGGAUUGUUGGACGAGUUCUUUAUGCUUAUGGCUAUUACACGGGAGAACCCAGCAAGCGGAGUCGAGGAGCCCUGGGGUCCAUCGCUCUCCUUGGCUUGAUGGGAACAACUGUGUGCUCUGCUUUCCAGCAUCUUGGUUGGGUUAAAACUGGCCUGGGCGGUGGGUCCAAAUGCUGCCAUUAAAGAAUUGUAGGGGUUUAAAAACUCUUAAUUCAUUUUGAAAGACUUACCAUUAUUUCCAGUUACAUUUUUUUUUUUCUAAAUAUAAUAAAAACUAAAUCUGGCAUCAGCCUCAUACCUAAA